CCCCAAGAAAAAAAAAAGCUAGGAAAUUUCUGUCACAGCCAUAAGCUGGUGAUUGAAUAUAACUUUUCUGUUACCUUCCUCCUGUAUAAAUUGACCCAAAGAAUUGCUACUAGUGAGAGGAAAUCAAUAGGCUAAAGCUUGCUAUGGCAUCAACACUAUCAUUGUUGGCUACUUUCGCCAUUAUCCGCAGCACAUUCAAUGACUUCUUUCCGAAGGAAAUAAGAGAGUACUUUUGGAGACUCUUUCGCCGUUUCUCAUCACAGUUCAUCUUGGUUAUCGAAGAAUCACACGAUGGAUCAAGCAACCAUAUUUUCAAGGCCGCCAUGGCAUACCUUGGUAGGCAUGUGCUGUCUGCUUCUUCUACUGAUGGUUCUACCAAACGGCUCACUGUAGGCAAAAAUGAGAAUGCUAGGAAGUUCACGUUUGGCCUUGAUAAACACUCGGAGAUUGUGGAUUUCUUCCAUGGUGUUCCCAUGAAAUGGAAAUACAAUUCUGAUGUUAACUCAAAUAGUAAUAAUCAAAUGACAUCUGAAUCAAGGUGGUAUGAGCUUAGUUUUCAGAAAAAGCACACUGAAAUGGUAAUGAGCAAGUAUCUCCCUCAUGUCAUUGACAUGGCCAAAAAACUGAAAGACGAGAACCGGAUGGUGAAGUUUCACACAAUCAGGCGUGAAAGGUGGUGCACAAAUGCUGUCAAUCUAGAGCAUCCCAUGACAUUUGAUACUCUAGCCAUGGAUGGAGACCUCAAGAAGACUAUUGUGGAGGAUCUUAAUAGCUUUACCAAUGGAAAGGAUUACUACAAAAAAAUUGGAAAAGUGUGGAAGCGUGGUUACUUGCUAUAUGGUCCACCAGGAACUGGAAAAUCAAGUUUGAUUGCAGCCAUGGCAAACCAUCUGAACUUUGAUAUUUACAACUUGAAUUUAUCUGCAGUCCACUCGGACUCCUCUCUUGAGUACUUGUUGCUUCAUGUGUCAAAUCGUUCUAUUCUUGUGAUUGAAGAUAUUGACUGUACAGUCAAACUACAGAACAGGGAAGCAGGGGAUCAAACAGGGAGUUAUGCACAUGUCCAGGUGACGCUUUCUGGAGUUUUGAAUGCCAUUGACGGCCUACUGUCAUGCUGCGGAGAUGAGAGGAUUAUUGUUUUCACCACCAACUAUAAGGACAGAAUUGACCCAGCGCUGUUGCGAGCAGGUCGCAUGGACAAGCACAUAUGCUUAUCCUAUUGCACAUUCUCUACGUUCAAGCAACUUGCAGCCAUCUACCUUGGCAUUUCUAAUCAUGAUCUCUUUUCUCGUAUUGAAAAGAUUAUAGAAGAGAUUCCAGUUCCCCCAGCUGAAGUUGCUGGUGAACUAAUGAAGUCCAAAGAUCCCAAAACUUGUCUAGAGGGCAUAAUUCAAUUUCUAGAGAGCAAGGCAUCAGAGGCAACUUCAGAAAUGACAAUGCCAGAGGGAGAAGAUGGUAGCAAUCCCAAGCAGGAGAAAGGAAGUAAAAGCAAGGCUUCCACUAAAACUGAUAUGACAAAUGGUGACUCUCCAAAUCAUAAUCUGAUAACAUUUCUCGCUGUUGGUUCUAAUUCAAAGACGGUGGGUGAGUAUACAAUAAAGGCAGAACUAGCAGCUAUCCUUAGAGCAGUUCUUUUGAAACAUGGAGACAUUGUUUCCAACAGCACAUUGAAUUCAAUGCAAUGCCGUUCAUCUCUGCUGGAGAUUGCCUGUGGCAUCAUCCAGAAACUACAAGCAGCAAAAUUGGAAGAUUUAACAGAACUUGAGCUCCAGUCCAUGCUUGCAAGUGUUUCUGAUUUGGAAUCAGUGAAGUUGCAAAUUAGUUGGCUCCACAAGAGACUAGAUGAAAUUAUUGAGGCAGUGCAAAUAGUCAAGCACUCUUCCACCCUCGAGGAAGAAACGAGGAAAAAUCUUCAAGCAAUUGAGAUGGAGAAAGAGCUUGAAAGUUGCCAUACACAAAAACCUGAACAACAAAAGAAAGCCCUCCAAAUUCAGGAAAAGAAGGCUGUGAUCGAAAAGCUUUCCAGAACCAUCUCAAGCACUGAGGCAAAAUUGAGUUAUUUCCAUAUGAGGUCCUUGGUGGAUGGGCUACUUUGAUUCCUUUUUUUCCCCACUGUUACAUAUGCAUUAGUCUGGUAAAGAAGUUCAACAGCGUUCCACAUCUCCUUACUGCUACUCAUAGUUAGAAACUCUAUUGUAAUUUGUAAUUGUAAGUGAUUGUUCUGUAGCGCAUAACUAAUUUUGAAGAUAACUUGGGCAGUAAGUUGCAGUUUGAUGGAAAUUAUGGAACACCAGAUUAGCAUGGUCCAUCUGGUAGCAUGUGAGAAAAUGGGAUCGAUCUCCUGCAUCUGCUGAUUAGGAAAACAUCAACGCAAAUUGGAAAACAUGAUACUUUUCAAAAGUCAAGUGUAUAUACUAUACUACCAUAGUAAAGGAUGAGAUAUAUAUGGUCACAAAACUGGAAAAUAGAAGCCUAAACUACAUGGUUAAUGCAGAAUCUGCCCUGCACAAACAAUCAAGCUUAAAGUCGGCACCUUAACAACAAAACACAGCUGCAGGGUUCAUUUUGUAAUCAACAUAGUAAAAAACUACUAGUAGCUCAUCUAAGUAUCUUAGUUGGCUUGGCUAUGAAACUUGCAUAAUUAGGCACUUGGCGCAUGGCUUUCAACAAGUUCAACCUUUUCUCACUUUUUGACACGCGCGAAUUUCUUCCUCCAAAAUGAAUUUUGAAAUAAAUCCACAGCACCAUUAUAAAGGUGGCGAUCAACACCUUACAUUUCUGUUUAUGAUUGCAAUGCAAUGGCUUUCAGAAUAUGGAUCAGCAUAGGGAUCAUCAAUUUGAGACAUUGUUAGUCGUUUCAAUACUAAUGCAGGAUUUGCCUUUGGUGUAGCAUCCACUUUUAAACUCUUAGCUCCUUUGCGAUUCCUGUUGUCAAGACCUGAACUCAUUGGAUCUGCUGCCCGACGUUUGUUGCUUACUUUCACAUUACCCCUGGACCACAGAACACAGCUGCAGCCUGCAGCCUGCACGGUAGCCAUCAAUUGCGACAGCAAGUUGUCUAGUGCCCUUUGGCCUUUGAAAGACCGUAGGGAAUUAUAUUUUCGGUAUGAAGGGAAAAUUGGGCGGCCAUUAUUUCUGUACGGCCUAAUCCGUGGACAUACCUGUAAAUAAUGACAAUGAAAUUAUGGCUUGGUUGCUACUUCCUCAAAAAAU